AUGCCAUCAACGCAAAGCCGCACUAGGAAGGCGGGGGCCACAACCCACCGAAGACGGACGAUGAAAAAGAUAAUGGGCACCGGUGCACCGCUAGCCGGGUUAGUCACCAACUUGUUGCUUUCGGUCGUGUGUCUUUCCGGUGACUUAUCCGGUGUGGGCAUGGUCCGCGCCAGCGCCAUACCGACGGCCUCCUUUCCGUCCAACGGGAACGGAGUUGCCAACAGUGCCACACUGGCCGACGUUGGUCAUCGGCGUGCGUCCUGCGUUGCGGUCCAUCCGAUCCUGAAACAGCGCGGCGUCGACCCAAUCGACAUGCCAAUCGAUCCAAUACCAGAUCUGUCCCUCCGACACUGUGAUGUGCCGCCCGGUGGUGGAACCUGCUGUACACAGAUGACCGAGCAUAAGCUCGCCCUGCACGCUAAAACGAUGCUCGAGCGCAACACCAAAGACAACAUCUCCAAGCUCUCGUCCGUACUCGGUGCCCGGGCACAGCGCUUCAAUGAAUUCUUUGAAGAGCUACUCGGUCAAUCAAAGCACGAAUUCCACGCUAUGUUCAAGCGCACGUACGGCACGAUCUAUGAACAAAACUCGGGCGUCUUUGCCGAUCUGUUUGCUGAGCUCGAGCGUUACUACGCACACGGCAAAGUCGACCUGUCCGAAACGAUGGAUCACUUCUUCAACAUACUGUUCCAGAAGAUGUUCACCGUGCUGAACGCACAGUACACGUUCGAUAAUAAAUACCUUGGCUGCGUCAGCGAGCACAUGAAGGAGCUGAAGCCGUUCGGUGACGUGCCCGAUAAGCUGUCGGUGCAGAUCAAGCGAUCGUUCGUAGCAACCCGUACGUACGCACAGGCCCUUGCAUCAGCAGCCGAUGCCGCCCGGAACAUGAUCAAUGUGCGACUUUCAGCCGAAUGUACGGCAGCACUGACACGGAUGAGCACGUGUAAUGUAUGUGCUGGACAGACGAAAAAACCGUGCGAAUCGUACUGCGUUAACGUGAUGAAGGGAUGCUUUCCGAGCUACGAAGAGGUCGGCACCGAGUGGGACACGUUCGUCGCUAAAAUGGAGCGCAUUUCCGAACGUUUGCUUGGUCCGUUCAACAUAUUCAUGGUGGUGCAACCGAUUGAUAUCAAAAUCUCGGAAGCGAUCAUGAAUUUCCAGGAAAAUGGUAAAGUUAUAUCGGAUCGCAUCUUCCAAGGCUGUGGACAACCCGCACUGGGUCGUAUGCGACGAUCGUUGGACGAUAAAGGAAACACACUGGCAAUCAAUGGCAUUGAAAGUCAGCCUCGUUUGAUUACCACAUUCGGUCAACAGCAACUCCCGCUAGUCGAAGGCAUCGCUCGGCACCCAAUCGUACUGAAUGAUCCAGAACCUUCCGAGUAUGAUUCGCAGUUCACGUUUGACGAUGAAGGCGAACAACAGGACGAAGAUAACAGCAAUGGUGCGGAAAAACAUAUCACCAAACGAUCCGCUGCCACUAAUGCAGGUGGCGGUGAUUCGACGAGUCGCGAACUCAAGUAUGAACCACUGCAGUUCUCUGACGGUGAUGUACAGUUCACAAACAGCAACGGUCCACCAGUGGGUGGAAUGCCAGGAUCGACAUCCCAUCAUUCCUCUUCCAAUGGAAAUGGAAACGGUAACAGUGCUGGUGGGCGGCCAAACCGGCGCAAGCAUAAAGGCGGCCGAAAACAGCCGAACGAGCAGGACGAGCACGAUAAUAUGGAACCGAUGAUUGACCGUAUGGUGAAGGACAUUCGCCAGAAAGUGAGCAACUCGAAACGGUUUUGGUCCCAGCUGCCAUACAUGCUAUGCAACAAUGAGGAUAACGUAGAGCAACCGUCGAGCGAUACAAACUGCUGGAAUGGAACGGCAGUUGAUCGCUAUUUACCAAAAGUCGUUAUUAGCGAAACCGAUAACAAUCCCGAGUUCCCGAACAGGGUAUUCCAGUCACGGCAGAGUACGAUCGUACAGCAGCAGCUGUUCAUCUUACGCACAGCAAUCAGUCAUCUCAGUAAUGCAUACAUCGGUCACGAUGUGGAGUGGAACGAUCAAGAGGAUGGCUACUAUGGCAGUGGGUCCGGACAAGGUAGCGGUAUCGAUUAUGAAGAAACGGCCGGUUCCGGUAUGGGUCUAUGGGAGAUCGAUGUACGAAACGAGCGACGACCCGGGUCGGUUGACGCUAUGCCACCAUCCAGCGGGAAAGGUGGCAACAUCGACGGUACGAGUGAUUCCGACGUACAGUUCCCGAUUAUCAGACACGAUCCCGUCCCGACCAGCAACUUCGACCACACGGGUUCACGUUCUGGGUUGCCCAACCCAACCGGCAGUGGUGGCUCGACGGCUGACAGUGGUGCAAGUGGAGGUACCAGCAGCAGCGCCGGUAGCUCCCACAGUGCACCGGAAAUGUCGAUCGAGCGUGCGAUGCUCCAGUUCUUCCUGCCGAUUGCCAUGGCGUGGUUCGGUGGGCUAGUAGCCGAUUUGCUGUGAUUUGUUUAAACAAAACAAAAAAUUCUCGACCGUUUAACCGCUCUGCACUGGUGUUGCUGUCCUGAGCGAGGAAGCCAGCAAGACAACCUUUAUUUGUCCUUCGAUCACCGAUCUGCCGCGUGGCGUAGGCAUUCCAAAGAGUUGGGUGCAACUCGACACAGUGUUGAACGUCUCUUUUUGUACAUUAAUGGCAUUUGUACAUGUAUAAGCGUCUAAAGGUUAUAUUUAUUAUUACUAUUAUUAUUAUUAUUUCGGAAUUUCAUGAAACCUUUUGCUAUCAGCGAUGAUCUUUAGUGUUGCUUUGGAAGGAACAUGCGAUGAAAUGUGACGCGCUACUUAAAACUUUUUUAUGUGAUUCGCACAUAGAAUCAAGAACCGAAAAUGCAUAUCGAUCAGGUGAAGAGUAAGCAAAAUGGGGCGAGAUUUGUAAUGUGCGGUAGGUUUUUUUCUAAAUUGUUUUCUUUUCUCCCCCUAUUAUGUACCAUUCCUUACCUAUCCCGGCCUGUGUUGCAAAGCAACAAAAUGUACAAGAUGCGCAACUAAUUGUUUAGUGCUACCAUAGUCAGCAACUCCUACUUUCGUAAUUGUAGUUGCGGCUUCGAUUAAAAUCUCCGCUAGCAUACAUCUUUUCCUUUCAUCACCCAGAAGUAGUAACACUAACCCACAAGCUUAUCAUUCGAAUAGAUUUAUUUUUCAAUCCUGUUUGAUUUUACUGACACCAGAUCACCCAACUGUGGGGGGAAUGUGCCGGGGAGCCCUCUGUGCAGGGCAGCAAACAGUAUCGAACCGACCGGCUUCGGAUGAAAUCGAUUUCAUUACUAAUAUGCGUUUAGGCCUUAUACAUUUUUCCACCUCUAGUCAAAUUGAAUAGUUUAAAUGUUCCCCGAUGCUGUUUGCCGGUUGCGUUCUGAUCUACUUUGCUGCACUAAACCCCUUCUAGCGCGUUUUGGGUGAUCCAGAAAAAAAAACAAUACGGAAGCAAAAUGAGAGUUGAAUUCAACCGUUCUCCCCGUUUUGAUGCUAAGUGUCGGGAUGUGAACUAAUUGCAUUUAGUGCAUCACUGCGCACUAUUUUUUUAUCUUACUGAUGCUUCAUUGUGACUAGCUAAUAUGAAAUUAAUGUGUUUUAAUCGUUUUCUGUGUACAUACGUAUCAUUAGAUAUACUUAAGUAGGGUGAUACCGUAGAUAGGACUGAGUAAGGAAUAACAGCAAAAUAUACAUAUACGAUAUAAACUAAUAACUAGGCAGCAAAGAUGUACGAGAAUGACAUAUUUCUAUGAUAAGAAUAUGGUUGUAAAAGGAGAACGUCAAACAAACGCAAUACUAGAUAAAGAAAAAGGAAACUCACACACAAAUCGGUAAACCCGUCGAUUUGCGUUCGGAGGGCGUAAUAAUUGAGCAUCGACAGAGAGGAAAUAAGUAUCGUUUAACACUUUUUUUUUGCAAACUUCCAACCUUUUCCAACAAUAAUUUUCCACUUUAAACCCCCUAUCUACGUAAUGGCUAAAGUCCCCUGAACACGAAUCAAUGUAAUAGGCGUGUUGUAAUGCGCUGAUUAACUACAUACAUCAGGUAAAGAAUUAAUCAGACGCUUUUACCACCGUAGCUGUGAUUCCCCUUUUUUAAACGGCCAUAAAGUUGGUACGGCUGCAUGGGUUUUCUUCAGCGUAUAUACAUAUAUAAAUAUAUGUAUUGCCAAGCUCAAGUAAAACUAAAUCAGUAAAGUAGUGUAACGAGCCAACAACUUGUGACAAUAUUCAAACUAGGAGCACAAAAGCCGCAGGUUUAUCUCAAUACACACAAAAUACAAUCGCCCGCCAAUGCAUACAUUCACGGUUUGCGGUUUAGAGACCGCGUGGUGGCGCCAAGUGUAGUGAUAGUUGUACAUAGCAUUACAUGGUAAUAGCGAUAUAUGAUCGAUCUGGCUCACAAAGCUGAGACAGACUCCACUAGCUAUCCGCUAACAAACUUAGGGAACUACAAUAGAUUAGUGUUUUCCAUCGCAAAAUCGUGAAUGGGUAACAGUGUGAAUACAAAGGGAGUAAAUGAACAAAUCACGCAAUGUACUACAUACUGCCUAGCGCACGCGUAGACUGUCCAACCGAAUUGAGCCUUUCCAACAAGAGAGUAUACUAGUUGCGUAAAAAGCCUGUGAAGAAAUAUUGAAUGAACCCACUCAAACAAACUUACACACAGAAGAGACAAUCUGUACGUAAAUGAGUUGGGGAUGAAAGUGAAAGACGAUCGAUCGCCAGAUCGUUGAUAAAACACGUAAACCACUAAGCAUAAUGAAUUAAGUUUCUUCACGUAUCCGAGUAAGCGCAAAUAAAGCUUAGGUAAUGUGCGCGAGUGACUGAGAAAAACGGAUUAUUGAAAUGGAAAAUAAA